CGUUGUAGCGAGCGGACGUCUUUUUUCGUUUGUCUUACCGUGUCGCCGCGGCGCUCUUCGGUUAUUGUGUUGCAGUUUAAUACCGUACAGGUAUGUGUUAUGUUGUUAUCUCGAAAGCGCGCUAUGGUACGUGUUAACAAUUUGGGUUUUGUCAUUUCGUAACAAGUGAAAGAAGAAAAAGAAGUUUCGUGUGGAAAAAUUGAUAAAACAAAUGAAAUCGGCGAAAUACCCAUUUUUCCUUCCGCCGGGUGGAUGCUCUGUUGUUGAAGUGAAAUUUGUUGUUUGUGGCUCGUGGCGGAGGUGGUGAUGCCGAUAGAACAUCGACCGUCUUAUGAACUAUAGUGCACUGUCGCUUUCUUUCGCCGCUGAGAGGAGGUGCACGCUUUUCACCCACCCCAUUUCCUGUUCACGACAACAGUUUUUGGUAGCUCUUUUUUCUUCUUUGCUGAGAAACAACCCACCCUACCCGCCGUGCAAGAGUGAGAGCACUCACGCCGCUUGUUCUUCCGGCUGAGCUACGUCACCAAACUUCUUGUGCUCUUCGCAGUACGUGUCGACAAAGUUAUGGAUGCGGUUCGCUAGUGCAUCAACACGGAAGGCCAAUCAGGAGUUCCGGCGUGCCGUGAAUAAGUGCAUCGUUUAGAGUGUGGAAAGCAAAAAAAAAGGAUUUCACUUAUCGAGAACACAAUCCGGCAGUGACCUGACUACCCAACGGAUCUUGGAGGGGUGAGUUGGUUUUGCCCAUCCACCAACGUUUUCACAACUACCAUAUGGUACGGUUCCGGAGCAAGUGUAUCGCGAUUUUUCUUUCGGGACACGGUUACUAUGGCGAAAUAAACCACCGAUUUAUUGUUUAUCGAGAAGUGUUUUCAGUGAGUGCCCCUGUGCCGAAGCACUGCUUUGGCUCUGCAAGGUGCUAAACGGAAAGGAAAAUAAAUUUAAAUAUUGACUCUGUCUGUUUUUCCCAUACUUUUUCACUCACCGUGAAACGUCGCCAGUUACAGUUGAGCUAUUAAAUUUUUUUUUCUCUGUCCCUGACUACCCGGGGCUUCAUAUGGGUGUUUUGUAAAUAAGGUUUGGAGAAGGAAAAAAAACCACCAAGUGCUGAGAAAAAUUAAGCGCUUUCCCCCGUUGUAGUUGUGCGAUUUGAUUGGUGUGUGGUGCCGUACCGCCGUUGUGCGCCACUUGCUCAAGCCACUAGCGGUGGCUGAAGUCAUCAACUGUCAAAGUGCCAUCAAAACACACAUCAGUAUGCUGUGAAUAGUGAAAAAAAAGCAAACGCAGCGAUGUCAGCAGGUGACAACUAACCGGUGGUAACUAACAAAAGGGAAAAAAGAAAACAGUCACACACGCAUACCAGCACUACUAGGGAACGUUUGGACGAGCCGACGUUUUUUUUCUGCUGCAACAAUUCAAGGAUACCAAGGACCCAUCGUCAAUCGUUCCAUCGCACACUGGGCGGCAGCAACGACCGCAUUCGAAAGGAUGAUCCAAACCAGGACAACAUGCGACCUUGUGUAACCAACGACCUACGGAUAGGAACAGUCGACGACGAGGCAAUCCGCUGACUCGAGUACCGUUGGGGGAGAGACCGUUCCAAUCGAUGAAAACGACGAGCCUGGGCGCAAUUUGACCUCGGACCUCACCCAGCGGACUGUUACUGAUACCGCAAUGGAACAUCAUGGCCUGUACACGGAUAUAUCGAACAGUUUCCCCAAUAACGGAGUGCUGCCGAGCACAAACGUGAAAUAUCACCAUCACCAUCUGCCGCAAAUCCCACCCCAGCCUCCACCACAGUCCGUCAACAACGUCAACGGACAGAUCGGUAAUUCGCCGGUUUAUCAAACCCAGCAGCAGCAGCAGACAGGAAACUACGGCCAGCAACAGCAGAAGGUACAAAGUCAACAUGUCGACUCAGACCCACUAGGUAGCGAUCUGUAUCAGGACGCUACCGGUCUGUUCGAUGCGACCACCAAUGAUCUAUGUAGUAACAGUAGUACAUUUAGUAACAAUAGUAACAACAGUAACGUUAACAACAGUAAGAGCAUCGAGUUUACGUCGCGAAAGUUUGAAACCAAUACAGGCGAUAGUAUAACGUAUAAUAUCAACAACAUCAACACGAACAUUGUUAAUAAUAUUAGCGGUAGCGGCUUAGCGACGAACGGUGUUCAGGGAAUCAAUCCAGGCCCGGCGGCUAUCACCGGUGGUCCAACGACGGACUUCCUCGGGAAUACGCAGUUCGUGACCCCCGGCGGUGGUAACGCACAGAUCUCGUUCAGCAAAGAAAGUGAUACGAAUCCAACGAUCAUUAACAUUAGCAAUAACAAUCAUAAUAUUAUGGCACCACCCUAUCCGUAUCCGUACCAAACAAAGAUCUCCGGAAUGGGUGCGUUAAACGAGUUGAACACAAAGUUCGGAGUCAACCACGGUUGGGCAGCGGGGGCCGCAGCUCACUCCACUGGAGGAGGAGGAGAUUUCGGUCAUGAAAACACUAUCAUCAGUAACUUUGAAGCAAAGAACCCCAACAAAUAUCACACGAAUCGUGCCAGCUAUCGAUACCAGCAGGACUACGUUCAGCCUCCUAGCCAACAGCCCCCCCAACCUGCUACACACUAUCAGCAUAACUACGGUUUGUACCACCCGGACGGAGCACAGGCUACUGCGAUUCCUCAACCAAAUGGUCACCAUGGUUACGAACCGUACCCGCACAUUGUUCGCGGAAAGUAUUCCUCGCUAGACGAAUCAAGUCGCUACGUAGGUCGUAGCCACCAGCAUCAUUCCACGAGUCACUCGCAGGCUCACCAUCACGAUCUCGUCUACAGCGAUCGAUCUCGAUAUGCGAACAAUUUUGCCGGGGGUUAUGUGCCGCAAACGGCCGCUUACUAUCCGACCGCUCAGCCAACCAACAAAAACAUCCUGAAUCCCAACGUGGAGUACUUCAACAGUGGCUAUAUCAAACAGAUGCAAUCGCUGGGACAUCACGCCUCGAAUCCGUAUGUGUCUACGCGGCCAACUUAUCCCCAUCAUCACCAAGGUUCCGGUUUGCACGGCUACCAUCAGCCAAACUAUCAUUUGAGCCACCAACCUACCUACGAUGAUCCGUACCAUCAUCGAACCCGAGUUCCUACGAUGCCACACAUCAUGAAUGAUCCUCACACACAGCAACCGUUCACAACCUAUCCGAACCACGUCGGUAGUCACGGUUAUCCACCACCACCAACGAGUCACAAGCUAACAUUCAACAAAACAACCAACGAUUUCUACACCCCAAACAUCCAUCCCAAUCCCUACGGGAACCACAUGGCACACCAAACGGCCCAUACGAACGUUCAUCACACGCCUCACUACAGCAUCAAGUACACUUCGCAAACUCUAGUCCCUCCGCACAGCCAACCGAAACCGAUCUCCAAUUCUGUCCAGGUCUCUAUCCAACAUCCACAACAACAACAGCAACAACAACCAUCAGUGCAAAAAUCCUCCACCAGUUGUUACUACGAUACACCGAAUCCGAUCAUUGAUAUGAACCACCCGCUGGUCGAUCUGGAAGAACAGAUCAACAGUGUGAAGAUCCUGAAAACCAACCGGGACGGGGUGGUGGGUUUCGAGAACAGUCACGCGCUCAACUAUGACUGUCAGCAGAAGUACCUUAUGAACCACUAUCUGCACACGAAGCCCACUCCGGGUUCCGGCGGUUACAUCUCGAACCAUCCCACCAAUCCUACCAACUUCGGGUACACUACCAUGGAACAGUUGGGACUUGGUCCGCGUAGUUUUGCGUUGGACGAAAACCUGAAAGACAAAAAUCUUCGCGAUUAUCUGAGCAGUUGGAAUGAAACCGAAGAGGAAGAUACCAGUGGAAUCGCCACGGCCGCCAUUGCCGGCGGUGAAUCUAAGGAAACCAACAAUAACCACCCAGCCCACCAGAACUUUGAAUCCUGUAAAUAUCUGGAGGAAGCCCUCGAACAGCAGCUUCCUCCCCUGCACAGCGGUGUGAUCGUUGCAAACGUGCAGAACAACGGAGGACCCCUGCCGGAUAUUCUGGUUGAUCUCGAUAAGACCAAAGAAGAACCUAAGACUGGACCCGGUACGACCGAGGUCGGCGAAAAGCUGUACAUCCUGGAGAAGUACGAUGUGCCACACUCGGAGCUGAACAAGUACAAACAUCUGAAUGUCAUCAACGAGCUGCCGAAGAACGUGGUUCCCAUUCACGACAGUGCAGACUCGUUGAAGUUUUUGGAGGAGAUAGAAUCCAACCGGGAUAAGUACUACCAAAUCGAGCUGGAAUCGGAGGUAGUGUACGAAGAAAGGAAAAAAGACGAAGAAAAGAAGGUUGCUCAAAGUGCCGCUCCGAAGGGUUCGGUAGAUGUGAAGCAAAAGGAAACCGACCCGGAACCGAUUGUGAUCAAAAAAGACGAAGUCAAGAAGUCUGUGAUAGAAGCAGUCAAAGAGAAGGGCCCGAAAGUGCCAGAAACAAGGGAAGAGGAAGCAUUCAAGGUGCCUCGGUACAUGCCGAAAUAUCGCAAACGAAGACACUUCUAUCACGAUUAUCCGCGGUUUCCGAAGAAAGCCCGACGAUCGAGCAUCGAAGACUUUUUGCAUAUGGAUAUUCCGAAACCGAAGCCGGUGGCCGUGCGGAAGAAUCCGAAAAAGCUCCUAACCCUUUGUGUGGCCACGUUGAAUUCACGAGUUUUUCGACGAUACGCAAAGGAUGACAUCGCGAGGCGGAAGGAAGCAGCCGCUUUGCAGGAAGCAGCCGCUUUGAAGGAAGCAGCCGCUUUGAAGGAAGUAGCCUCUUUAAAGGAAGCAGCCGCUUUGGAGGAAGCAGAAUCUACGCGUAGAUCGGAAAAUUGUGAACUGGAUGCAAUGAGCAGCGAAAAACUAUCGGAAGAUAUCGUUGAGAAACGAAUUGAAAUCUCUGAACCGGUCGAGCGAUUGAAGCCUACUCCCCCGGAACCAUCAUCGCAACAAGACUCCGAGGAAUCGGAAGAGGUUGAUGAAAAUGAAACGGAUGACCGUACGAUUACCGAAACGAUCAAGUCACCGGAACCCACAGAAAGUCCCGUCGAUGAACACAGCGACACAACGAUCGCGGUUGGAAGUGAUAUAACCGUAAACCUAAUUCGUACAGAAAAAACGCCAUCUCCGGCUUCGGUCACUGAAGAAGACCCUCUAGCGGAAACAUCACAAACUUUGGCGUGCGUCGUUACCGAAUCAAUAGACCUCACCGAAUCGGAUGUCGAUGAUGAUGAUGUUUUUGAACAACAACAACCACAACAAUGCGCUUCAGGAAACAACAGAGUAUCCGUGAUCGUCGACGAUUCGAGGGCAUCAAGCAGUUCAUCUUCCGACGAUAGUUCGUCGGAUAGUUCGUCGGACAGUUCCUCGGAUGAGGAUACCGUUGAAGACGUUGAAGCUGAACCGUCGGAAGCUAAGCCCCAACCACAGCAAGUUGCCGUCAUCCGGAAACUGGAAUCGGUCCAAUGUUGUGAACAACCGGAAUCUACCGUAAUAUUCAACGUAGCAACACUACGGGAUAUUGCAACCGAUGCAUUCGAACGGUACCAUUCAGUGUACGAGUGCCGGCGUGUUCCAGCUCUCCAGAAGCUCUGCUAUGACUUUCUACUGGAGAGAAAUCUACUCCCGCAGCCCCAGUCCCUUCAAAGCCUGUGUGAAACAUUUAUCUGCAACAAUCGGCAGCUAUUCAUUAUCGAAGAGGUCCGGCACCAACCGGAACGACUGCAGGACAUGUGUCAAAGGGUUGUGAACGAAACCAAUAUCAUUAUCGACGUAAACAAUUUCUGUAUUUACGGAGACGAUAUUCUGUCCCAACAGGAGAAGCAAGGGGAAGGUCGAGUGUUUAUAGUGGAAGAAGGUCAUGGAACGAUUGCCGAUUUGCUGAGAGACAGCGAGGAAAUGGAUUCGGAGAUGGCAAUGAUUCCGGACGAGGUUAGUGAGGAACACGAAAUAUUCCUAGGAACGGGCACUGACGGUGAAUGCAUACAGGUCGUCAUGGAGAGCCAAUCGCUCUCGGAUAGCGAGAAUGAAAUCUACAAAAAAGUGGAACAGGAAAUCGAAAAAAUGAUGACUACCAGUUCCGACGAGGAGGAAGAGGGAAAGUCGAAGAAUGAAUUCUACUCGUUCGUUGAAGAAGAUGACUGUAUUCAGUACGAGGAAGUGAUUCCCGUGAACAAAGAAGCUCACCGCAGGGACAGUUUGAUCCGAAAUUUACAGGAAAAGUAUAUCGUAACCCGAGGGAUGCUGCAAACUUGCAGGCUGAAACUGUUGCGAAAAUAUUUGUGUUACCAGCGAUACAUCAGAACGAAAGACCAAAGAGUACUGUCAAAACGACGAUUCUUCAGCAAACGAUUGGUUUGCAUGCAGAAAAAGAUAGCUGCAAUCCGCCGGCAAACAGAGGUACUCGAGGACAGCGACAGUAACAGUUGCUCGGCGUCGAGUGUCAGCAGUUCCAGUAGCAGUAGCGGUACUAGCAAUUCUUCAAGUUCCUCCAGUGCAAGAAGUUCAGUGACGGAAGAGCGGGUAACGGAAACCGAGCUGAUGGAGCGAUCAAGCGAAAGUCUGUCGGAAGAUACGUCCAGUCAUUCGGGAAGUUUCACAACCGGACGACUUCUGGAGACUAACAACAAUCAACCGGAGGCCACAGAUCUUGGUAACAAACCGACCACCGUAGAAUCUCAACAGCUUACCAAAGAGGAGGACAGCAAUAGUAGUAGCUCGGAGAGCAGAACACGGAGCCGUGCCCGUCGGGUGCAGAACAUCCCGUUGUUGUUUAUGAAGAAGAAGAAACUCAGUUUCGAGGAAAGCUUGCUCAACAUCGAACAAAUGUACAAGAAGAACGGUAGCCCGACGCCAUCCACGGAGAGUUCGAAUUCGGCGAACUCUUCGCCUGCAACCAGAAAACGUCGUUACUCGACCAACUGCCGUCCAAACGUAAUCGUCAACGUGAACAACAACCGAGAAGCUCCGAAGAAACUUAUCAUACCGGCGUACAAAAUCUUUAACCAAUCACUAAUAAACGAGGGCGCUCCGGCAGUCCCCAGAACUAGCUGUCGAACGAUAAGUAGAAGUAGUAGUAGCAGCAGCAACAGUAAUAGUAAUUGUAACACCCGGAGCAAACUGGCGAACAGUACCCAGCGGAGCAGUGGAUUGAUUCGUGUGAACUACCCGAACAAACCUUCACAUUCAACCAAGAUCGUAGCAGGCGCCGGUGCGGCAAGUUCACGAACGCGCCUGCUGCCGAUCACGAAUGGCGGACCCCGGCUCGAUCAGCGGGUUCCAUUCGUUCGACUAGAACGUAUCGAUUUCGUUGAAAAGCUGGCGGAAGAGUACCACAAGCAACAGAAACAACAGCAGCAGCAACGAUUCUCGAAGCUACGGCAACGGCGGAAAUCGACCUUCACUUAAUCGACGUCGUCGUCGUCAUCGCCGUCGUUACCGUAGUUCUCGUGAAGUGUAAUCGCCGCGGACGUGAAUAUGCCGCCGUGUGUUGCGUGUCCAACGCGCUUAUCAUGGGCUGUUUGUUUCCAUAGUUAUAGUUUUGCUGCGGCAAAUUGUUGUUGUUGUCUCGUUCCCACGAACUAGUAUGAUAUUGCAAAAUCGGCAUAAUUCCGGGGUGGACACGGCCCAGAAGGGGGGGGGGGUCAGUGAUUUUGUUCGCAUUUAAGCAUCCCACUAUCGGUGACCGUGGAGCAGAAAAUAAGCUAUUUUUCCCUGCCAAGCCGAGCGGAUUGAUUGAGCGUGUCAAUUUCGGGUGGCUGUUAUUCGCACAUAGUUGGCAUUGAAAUCGCAUCAUCACACAUAAAUGCAGCAAAAGGGGCUCUAACGCUGACUGCACGGUUGUUGCUUACCAUAGUCAUCGCAGCAGGCGGCGAUGAACAGAUACAUUUUUUUCUGUCACAACGCAUUUCAUCAGCCAUUUAGUCGCGGGCGCCGCCGAAGGGGUUUUAGAUGUGGUUUUGAGUAUCGGGGUACUGUCCGGCCGAGAUAAUGAUUUUACUACACAACGAAAUCGAUUAUCGCUAGUUCAAUUUGACUACAAAUUUUCCAACGCCAAUUGACACUAAACGUCAAAAUGCUGGUGGCAGGUCUAACAUGAGUAAGCUACAGAAAUCGAAUCAUAUUUCAUCAAACAGAUAUCACACGAAUACAUCGCUUAUCAGUAUGGAAGUAUCUAGGCUAUUUAGUCUGUUUUAUCAACGGUGAAAUAGGGCAAUUAAAAACCAUAGCUUUUUGUUUUUUUGCUUUCGAUUACUGUUGACUAGUCGGCUUUUCCUACACGCAUUUCAUAUCAUAAACUAGGUCAAUUCCUCCAAUUUUUCGAAUUAUUGACCAUGUCGAGUAGGAGAAUACCAUGCCUAGCCAGCGAUGCCAGAUCGAGCGCGCGCUGAAUUUCCGUAUUCUGCUAAGAACCGGGUUGGCAGUAGAGGCAAAAAAUCAGUAUAAUUCCGUAUAACUUAUUUUACAUUGAUUACAUGUUUUUUCAAUAUUAACUGUUGCGUUACCCAAGUAGCACGUUAAGUUGCUGUCCUGUAUUUUUCUACAGAUUGUGCAAUUUAUCAAAUUAGUUUAUAUUACAAUUGUAGUUACUGUUGUGUUAUGGAAAAAGCGCCAUUUUUCUGUGUUGUGCAACAUAUCUUUGAGUUCUUCCGUUGUCACGAACAUUUAUUCACAAUUAUUGUGCAACUGAUAUAAAAACUCAUGCAUCGAUCCCAUUACAAAUGCAGCAAUUAAAUCAGCAAAAAAACAAUUGUGAAACUCAUGGGAACUACUACGUAAUGUAAACAAGAAUUGAAUUGAUGUUUACAAAAACAUAGCAAACAUAAUUUCUAAUGAAUAAUUUUCACAUUUGAUUUUCAAUACAACUGCCCGUAACACGAAAAUGGAAGUUGAAAAAUAUUCUGCACAUAAAUAAAUGGUAAUACUACAUAUUGUAGAAUUGAUCAUUCAUGUUUUAGUAAAGAGAAAAUCGUCAACGAACUGCAUUUUUAUGGUUAAACAUGUCUUCGUACACCUGAAAUUUUCAAGCGCCUUUGAAUGUACGUGUUUUGAUUAUCUGAUUUAUCUGAUUUGAUUUUUGUUUUCAAAGCCUAUGUAAUGCUGUAUUUAUGAAACUUUUAUGAUAAUAUUCUCAUGUCGGUAAGUUUUACGUUCAUUUCAAGCAGAUAAAUCUGGUACAACUUAUUUACAAGUUUCGAAUAGUUUUUUCUAAAAAUGAAGAAAACUGCACACACUGACUUAAAAUUUCAUGAGGCAGUCAAGACAAUGCGGACUCGGUAGCAAAAUAGUUUUUACUGCGAAGUUUUCAAUUCGGUUUAUCAGUUUUUGCCUUGCGAAGAGCAUAAUUUCACUAUUUUUUUCUUCACAAGAGAUAAACAACCACUUCGGCAUAUAUUAAGUCGGAUACAAUUAUGACAGUCAUUUGGAAAACUUUUGAUAAGUUGAACAAUUGUUUUAGUUACUUUGUUUUUACAUGACGAUGUGGAAAUUUUGGCAGAGCUUCUAUAACUACUAGUGCAACGUGGGCAAGUUGGUGAUUUGCUGCACAAUUGUUUUAGAUAUACUUAAAAUUGUUCUAUAGUGAUUUUUUUUUCGGUAUUAUCGUAAAACUUAACAGGUAUAAGUUGCACAACCGAUUUUAAUAUAUUUAAAAAUCUUUUUGAACAUAUCUAACAUAAAAAAACAAUUCUAAAACAAUUGUAGAACCUCUUGAAAUUUCAAUAAGUUACAUUUGCUACUUGGGAUAUUUAUGUCAGGGCGGUUUUUCAUCUUUUGAACAAUUUUUUUACUUAAUUCGAAAUAGAUGGAGUUCAAUCCAAAGAAUAAAAUGUUUACCUUUAUAGCACUCUUCACCGAUCUGUAAGUCUCGGAUUAUACUCGAGACUUUCUACAAUGUUAGUGAUUGUGUUUUUUUCAUUUAUCCGGUGUACAACUUUGCUUCCGCCGUUUUUUCCAAAGUUAAAAGCUUUAUUGCGAAAAAGUGCUUACUGAUGUAUUAUUCAAAGUAUUGUCCGUCGCUAGCGACAACUUUCUCCCAUCUUUCCGGCAUUUUUCGGAUCCCGGCUCGAAAAAAGGAGUCCUCCUUUGACGCUAUCCAUGAAGCAAUCCAUUUUUCCAACUCUUCGAAAGAUUGAAAAUGUAGAUCAGCCAGGCCGUGUGCCAUCGAACGGAAUAGAUGGAAGUCAGAAGGGGCGACAUCUGGGGAAUACGGCGGGUGCACAGUGGUUCAAAAGCUCAAUUUCACGCUCUUAAUUGAUAACUCAUACGAUCGUGAUUUUUGAGGUACAGUAUCUUCAGAAAAGUUGCUCAGAACGAUAGACGCCAUCUUUUGGCAAAUUUGAUUUAUGCGAUUAAUCCCCCUAAAAGUUAGAUAAAAAUUCUAUUUUAGCUCAGGGCCAACAUAAGGGCUAAGUUACUUCGACAAAGUUGUGCAGAAAGUUAUUUCAAACAAGUUUGCUGAAGCUACUAUUCACGUAACUUGAGUGUAAUUCAAGAUAUAAUGUAUUUUCUGAAAAGGGUGUCAAAAAACCAGUUUUUGUAAGAAAACAUAUAUAUUUUCAAUUUAUAUGAGUUGUUAUACAAAGUUUUUUAUCUUUAAAAACUACACAUCUUUCUGGAACAUACUAUACUGCUAUUAUUUCAGUUUAAUGAAAUAGAGCAAUUUUUCAUGUUUUUUCAAUAUAAUUCUAACUUGUCUAUUAUCAAAAGGCACAGGAAGGUGCAGAUGGAACUACUUACAUAUUAAACUACUUCAAAAGAGCUUUCAUACCGUGGUUGAAUUACUCGUCUGCAGGCGAGAUAUGUUCAUUUCAAAUAUCCUUGUCCGUGACAUUUGCAAUGAUAAGGUUCAUUGUAUAUCAGAUCAGAUUUCAGUAUAUAUUCGUUACCAUGGAAACUUUCACAAUAAAAGGUUUUUAUGGACAUCGAAGUCUACAAAUAGAAAAGUUCAGUAAUAAUUACAGACGGUUUUUUGAAAGUGAGAUAAGAAACCACGACUUUCAAAAAAGACAAUCAUCAUGUCUCUGCGGAUAAAUAUCCUCUAUUCAUCAAUUAAAGUAGAUAUUGAUAAACGCUUGCUAUAUUGUACUGUUCAUAAUGAUUAGGAAGUUUCUUUUAUACAGAUGUCGGGAGAUGUUAUACACGCGAGCAAUCCUGAUCACUUACGAAUCGGGAUCCCAUGAAUUGGUAAUUAGUUUCAUUGGAUCCUUUGGUUACAAAUAUUCGUGUAUGGCCAAAAUAGUCCAAGAAGAAUCUGUCGAACGAUGCUAAGAGUCUUUAGCUGGUUAAGAACAUUGCCAGCUAUCAUAAAAAAUACAGAUUACUAAAAAAUGAGUUUUGAUCAUACUUUUCUCUACCAGAAGAUGACAUAACUUAAUUCGAUUUGAUGAUGACUUUUUUAAAAGUCGUGACAAAACAGUUACUGAACUAUUCAAUUUAUAGACUUCAAUGUGCACAAAAAAAUAUUUUGUGACAAGUACCAUAGUAAUGAAUAUAUACUGAAAUCUGAUCUGAAAUACAAUGAACCUAAUCAUUGCAAAUGUCAAAGACAAGGACAGCUACCUAUCGAAAAACGGCGGAAGCAAAGUUGUACACCUGAUAUUUAUUCAAAUAAAAUCCAAGAGAAAGAAUUUUUUAUUGAUGAUAAAAGAAAGUAUAUAUGAUGUUAAGUUUGAUUCCUAAGAAAGCAAUAUAAUUGCAAAAGGAAAAUAACGAAAAACAUCAAAAUAUAUCGUAAAAAGAAAUUUAUUUAACAUUUAACAGGACAAGUGCAUUAUCAGAAAAUUUAGUCAAUAAAUGUCAUUGUUCAUGUGGGGUAAAAGAGGCAUAACAUUAAUUUGAGAUAGCGAUUUGUUUUUUACCAUUUCCUUUCCGUGCAAAAUCCCUGUAAGGAGUUCGUUUUCCAUUCCAUUGUGAGUUUUUGUUUUAUUUAAGUUGAUGGUCGAAAAAAGUCGCUCCACAUCCAGCUGACGUGUGAGGCAGCACCUCAACACGGUGGAUGAUGUCCAAGAUGAGGGGGAAUUCCGGUGAACCAUCUGCCCGCACCUCUGUUUUGACUUUUUUCCAGAUAGUGUUCACCUUCUGCGUCGCAUUUGUGUCGGAACAUGUCUUUGAAUCUUCUGAAUUCGUCAUGAACCGCUACCGUGCUGUUAUUGAAAAAGUUGGCCACUAAAUUAAUAUGUUUUUCAUAUCAUUCAAGUUAACCGGGUCGACAAAACUCAGUUGUCUGAUCAAUUUGACGCUCAUUUCUCUAAAUGGAAUUUUUGUAUAUGAUUGAUCCAAGAACACCACCAUGAAAUUUCGACAAUUCGAGCGAAAUCUGUAGUGACUAUAGGUCCUAAAUCCAAGUUUCGAAGCGGCUCCAUAAUUUUUCGUUUUCCUUACUCAAAGAGAAGUCCAGCUCUUCAAUGUCGGUUCGAUCCACAUAGUCUUCUUUUAGACACAUCCGUGCGAUAGUUUUGAACAAAUGCUCCAAUUUCCCAUGCAGUUAUUGAAUUCUUGGCUCCUCCGAUUGAAACAAUUUUUUUUUUUCAUUAAUGAUGGGUAUGUGAUUGAAAAAUUCGAGAUACAGUUUUGUCCACAAAACCUUCAUUUUUUUCAAAAAUUGCUGUGGCACUCCCAGUUUUUUCACGGGCUUUGGAAUUUUCCAUCGCAGACUGCGCCUUGAAAACAUUGUACAGUCCAUCAUACUGUUCAAGGCAACGAGCUACUGUCGACUGUAAUGACAGCCAUCGAACCUUUUUUGUACUGGAGCAGUUGGUGAUCCGGUAGAUCUAGCGUCAUUUGAAUUUCCUGAAGUGAUUUCAGCCGAUUCGGACUAUGUGUCGCUAAAAACUGGUCACGAACUUCUCCCUUAGGAGUUCCGGAACGCACACAGAAAACCAGCUGCUUCUGAACAGAGACAUCGGUUGAUUCGUCCGUCAUGAUGACGGAAACAUAAUUUUCCUGUAAUGUUUUUAUCAACCGAUCUAACGUGCACGCCCCAAUAACAUGCUUCACAAUGGCAGUACUUUUAGUACGACCACACGAAAUUUGACUUUGCACUGACUUGUCAAUGUCGAUAGUUCGCAAAAGCUCUGCCGAAUCGUCGCUGACCGCCAUUGGCAAAUUAUUUUUCACUAGAAAAAGUGUCGCAAGAGCCUCAACUUUUCGUGCCCGUGUUUUCGUUUCAGACGUGUUCUAGCAAAUGUCGAAUAAGUUCUUCGACGACUGUACUGAUUUGGCAACUUGGACGUGCUUCGAAGUACUUCCAUGCUUCCGAUCUUCGCGGCAAAAAGUACAAUGAAAGUGGUACUCACCUGUUAAAAAUUGUAUAAUAAUUAUAUUUUCUUCUCUUUAUAUUGAAAAUGUAACUAAGUGAAUAUAUUUAUUAAAUUCACUUAAUGUCGAUUUUCUUACCCAUUUAAAUUCGAUGCACCAGUCGGCUUUGAAUUUUUGUAGCACACUACAAUUCAAAAACUACAAAUUACUAUAACUUUCGGAAAUAUGAAAUUGGCUGGUAAAAGUCACGUAAUGAUAGAAUUUGUUUUGUAACAAAAAAACGAUGACUUACCUCGUUUUCGUAUUCGGUCGCUGUUUGAUACGAGCUCCUUUGUCACGAGACUGUUUCUUUUUUUCAAUCAUGUUUCGCCUGGUAAAAAGUAACAUUUUUUUUUGGUAAAAUAUGUUGCACUGUGAGUGGGAGUAUUUAGGAAAUUAAAAGAUUCAGCAUACCUUUUUUUCUGCACCACUUGAUUUCUCAUCAUCUGUAUAUUCCGAUUCGUCACUAACCAUGUUUUGUUUUUGUUGACGUUCACUUCCCAAGCAACAUUCACAUAAACUGUAUAAUGCUACCAGAGAUGCCAGGUAAAAAUUUCAAAUAUCUUCAGACAGGGUUGCAAAAGUCAGUAAAUCCUGAUCUGCAGUCAACAAGUGUUUGUAUGUGACAUUAAUUUUUCUAUAAAGUAUGAUACACUAAACUGACUUGGCGAGCAAAAAAGGCGCGGCAAUUUCAAAAGUCUGUAAAUUUCGACGAAAGUCAGCGAAAAAUGACUGCUGCACAAUAUACGAAAUCUGCAGAUUUACAGACAAAUCUGCUGAUCUGGCAUCUCUGAAUGCUACAGAUGUUGGGUGCGUUCUGAUAGUUCAACAGUUUCAUAGAUCAACUGAAUUCAGCAUGCGCAGGUUUUCAAUUAUUUAACCCAGUGAAAUUUGUUGGCUAGAGAUGGUCCGAUUGUCGAAUAAAUUGAGCAUGAUCCUCUAUCAUCAUAUAAUGAAGCAGGAAAAAUUUUCCGUAAUACUGCUCAUAUUGGGAGAAAAACCCGACUUUCUUAAAAAUCUGUAUAAAAUCAGUAUUUUUAGUAAUAUCCGUAUAAAAUUCAGUAGAUUUUGCCAACGUGAUGCCUACAGAGUAAGUGUUUUUCAUUUUUGCCACUCCAGACACGUUAUAGUAUACGAUUCUAGAACAACACCAGGUUGAAAGCAGUGCGUACAUCGAAAACGUUCCAAUCCUACACUGAGGUAAAAUGAUCAGCGAAAGUCAUAGGAACGAAUUGUGACUUUCAGGCACAAGAAUCCUGAAGGUAUUCGAUAAGUUAAGUUUAAUAAGUCCUAUGUUAUAUAGUGGGCAAAUUCUUCAGGACUUCUACUUCAGAUAUUCUAAAACAGUCUUAUGAAAAUUGAUUGGACGCGGUUUCGCUUUAGAUGGUCUAUGUGCGAGGUUCAAUUUUGGCACACUCUCUCACAACAUAUCGGCCUGCAUUUCACGAAUGUUGCCACCGGCCUAUAAUCAACACCAAACAGUAACUUAUUUGGCAUGCAUUGGUAGCUCUUGUAAUGCUUCUGGCAUAAUCUGUAAUGCUUCACUUCAGAAUCUUCCUCCAACUUUAAGGGGGCAGUAAGGGUUAGUUUGAAUCAAAUAAUACUUUUUUUUUGAUUUUUUACGAUGAAACAGCUUAAGCAAAUUUAUUCAAACUUUUUUUACCUUAUAAAGCAUCAUUUAGAGAAUAUUGAUACUGAAAAAUAAGGCGGUAACAGAGCGUUCCCCAAAACCCUCUUUUGGGAAUCACGUUGCGCGGUGAACACGAUAACUCGGCGUAGAAUUAUCUGAAUUAAUUUACUUAAAGUUCGAGUUAUUUCUCCCCCCUCCGUCGCUCUCAAGUUAUUAUCAGGUGUACUACUUUGCUCCCGCCGUUUUUUCCAAAAUUAAAAGCUUUAUUGCGAAAAAGUGCUUACAGAUGUAUUAUUCAAAGUAUUGCCCGUCGCUAUCGACAACUUUCUUCCAUCUUUCCGGCAAUUUUCGGAUCCCGGCUCGAAAAACGGGAGUCCACUUUUGACGCUAUCCAUAAAGCAAUCCAUUUUUCCAACUCUUCGAAGGAUUGAAAAUGUUGAUCUACCAGGCCGUGUGCCAUCGAACGGAAUAGGUGGAAGUCAGUCUAUUUGAAAUAAGUUCGGUGUGUUGAGAUUCAUAAAAUAAAUAUCGUUGUUAAAAUAUAAACAGUAUUGUAUAUUGACAUGUAAUAUCAUUAAGGCUGGGAAAACCACCGAUCACUGCUGAUUUCAAGUGAUCUUAACCAAGGAAUAAAUUAUCAUUACGAAAUCAGAACUGAUCUGAUCUGUAAGUGAUUUUGAUUUUUGUAUGAUCAUGAUCAUGUCAAGUCGAGAUCAGUAAAGAUCUAAAUUCUAAAAAGAUACUUCUGAUUCGAUCGGAAAUGAUUGAUGUAGAAAAACGUUUUUAAUCAGCAAAAGUGCCCGGAGGGGCGAGUAAAUUAGCGAAAUUAUUAAAAUUACUUAAAAUGAGUAUUGAAAGAUGAAGCCUUCAAACGGUUGAACUGAAGUUAUGCACUGAUAAUUUUAGUCAAUUUAUAUGAGCUUGGGUGCAUCAACCGCUGGGAAUUGAAUUUUUUUCGACGGCAAUUCAAACGCCCCAUUCAAUCGCAGCGCGUUCUGUGUGUUUGAAACCCUUCGCUCCUGUUACUUUUAUAAAUUAAAUUCAUGUCAAAAAGCGUUUUAUUGCUAAUGCAUGAACAUCAUCACCGGUAUCAAACAGCUGGAAGUAAAACAGUCUGCUGGAAGUAAAUCAAUGAUCGAGUUUGAAGCAUAAAAUUUUUGCGCAACCUGAAAGAUUACGAGAUGACAAUUCAUUAACAUUUUGUAAUUUGUCACCAAAUCAUUUUUAUCUUAAACAAGGUUAACUUUAUCACAACACCGCUGUUAGAUAAACACUUAUCAUAAAUUUCUCAAAUCGAAUGAACACAAUUUCACCAAACGCUUCAACCAUCGAUGUUGUUUUCAUUGACAUUUUGAAGCGACGGGAAAAGAUUUAAACUAAAAAAGUUGUUGAUUUUGCAUUGCGAUUAUUGUUUUGCUUUCAACUGUCUCCGGCAUUUGACAGCAUUCAAAACAACAUAUUUUUCAACUACUUGAAUAUAUGCAAAUCAAAAACCAUAUUGGUUGAAUCAAAAAGAAAUUAGUUAAAUCAACUAUCGCAAAAAUCAAAAACUAUGAUAUCGCAAUUUUAUGAUCGAAGGGUUCUCCGUGCAGGUACUUUUUGACCACUUUUGCGACGUGAGGCCGAGCAUUGUCGUGUUGGAGGAUGACUUUGUCAUGUCGCUUUUGAUAUUGCGGCCGCUUUUCUUUUAGCGCGCGACUAAGGCGCAACAGUUGCGUUCGGUAACGAUCUCCUGUGAUGGUUUCACCCGGUUUUAAGAGCUCGUAGUAAAUCACACCAAACUGAACCCAGCAAAUACAAAUCAUUACCUUGGUGCCGUGAAUAUUCGGUGUUGCCCGGACUUUCCCCAUGAUUUUCUGCGUUUAGGAUUAUCGUACCGAACCCACUUUUCAUCACCGGUUACGAUUCGAUGUAAAAACCGAUCUUGAUUUCAUCAUUUUCCGUCAUCUGCUCAUCAAUCCCGUUCCGAAAAUAUCCACAUUGUAAGGGUUUUUAGGAAUAUUGAUAAACCGGAAAUCGCCAUCUUGGAUUUUGAACCGACCCCAAACAUCAUUUUCUUGCACCCACUUAUCACAUCCGUUCCGAAAAUGGCCAUGUGAUUGGGGGUUUCCACAUUCAUUACACAAAACUUUUUUUACGAGCUACCUCCAUUUACGAACCCCCGUUUAGUUCGUAAAUGGAGGUUUCGGUGUAAUAUGUUUCGAUUCUUUCCGCUUUUUCGCAAUUCUUGUUUACAGGGUCCGGCACUCGAAGUGUAACCAAUUAAAAAGGCCAUAAAUUACGUUUGGAAAAUUACUUUUACUUAAUUCAAAGUACAAAAUGUGUAAAAAUAAUACAAAAUUUAGAUUCAAUUCACUUUUGCUCGAUAUGACCACCUUUUGCCUUGACUAUGGCCUUGAGACGGUCAAAAAACGAAUCGCAAGCUGCCCGAAUGUGACUUGCAGGUAUGUAUUUUGGCCCACUCGCGUACAAUAACUUUUUUCAGCGCCUCGAGACUGGUGUAUCUUUUAGUUCGGACUUUGCUCUCCAAAAUGGCCCAAAGAGAAUAAUCCAUUGGAUUCGCAUCUGGUGAAUUCGAGAGCCAUUGUGUGGACGUGAUGAAGUUCGGAACGUUGUUUUUCAGCCAUUCUUGGUUCACUCGAGCUUUGUGUCCUGCUGAAACGUCCAUGAUCUGCCACCGAAAUGUUUGUAUGCCCACGGCUUCAAAGCAACCUUCAGAAUACUUUCCCGAUAAUAUGUCGCAUUUACCUUGACGCCAGGCUCGAUGAAAACGAUUGGAGAGCGCCCAUCUGCGGUUACAGCGGCCCAAACCAUUAUCUGUUGCGGGUGCUGCCUCCUGGUGGCCAAUCGAUGACUCAAAUUCUCGUAUGAACGGUCGGUCAAGUAAACCCUAUCGUUUUGAGAGUUUACGAAUUGCUCAAUUGGAAAAAUUUUCUCGUCAGAAAAUACAAUGUUCGGAAAUUGACCGCUUUCGGCCAAACGAAGCAACUCCUUCGCUCUCUCAAGUCAAGAUUUUUUAUUCGCGUUCACUUUUGGCAAAAUGCUUUCUUGCGCUUGUAAACAAUACAACUCCGAACUGUCAUUUAGCAAAUUUCUAGAGAGCUUUAUUCCUUGAAUUAGACUCUUAAAUGAACAAAAAUCACAUAACAGUGUUAAUUGUUUGCACUAUUCCAUAUCGGAUAGUUCAGGUUCCAAGUUGAACUUUUUGCUUGUUAAAAUUGGUAUUUUAUGCAGUUGCAGUUGAACCAAAAAUAAUCACAAAAACAAGAAACAACUGUCACAAAUAACACACACACACACAUGUAACGGAUCUAAAACUAAGCAACCCGACAUCAUACCACCGUUUGGUUUCUAUCGCAAAAACUCGGGUCAUAGAUUGCUAUGGUUUCAAAUUUUCAUUCAAAAGAAACGCCGGAACAUCGCGGCACGAAUGAUAUCUCUUCAAUUGCUUCAGAAAGUAGGCCAUUGAUAGACAAAUAUUGCGCGGCCUGUCGAUAAUUCAUCACGAAUGGCAACGGUGUGUUGUUUUUUGGGCGGGAAACCAAACAAAAUUCCGGUUACGCCAGGUGAUAAUUUUCAAUUUACUUUUCAUCGCAACUAAGUGAUUUGAAUCUCGGGAUAUCUGUUGGCAUAAAAAUUCUACACAAUCAGAAAAUUAAAGUGCUUUUCAAAUUAUUCCGCAUUUCAAGGGAAUUGUGAAAAAGGUGCACUUCUGUCUUUAAAAUAACAUUUCCACCUAUGCGCACUAUCAGCUGUUCAAAACAACCACCGGCGGCAUUCCGUACUCAAAACCACAAAGCCCACGUGCCCAAACACCAAACAUCACACUUCUGUUACCCACCCAACAAUUUCCACAUUGGAAACCGCGCCACCCGUCGUUCCUUUGUUUUGCUGGCAAGCCAGCCGUAUCGGUUGAAGCUCGUUUCCAAUGCAAAAAAAAGCUCAUACAGACGAAGCCGCCUACUUCGGUUCGAGCAGUGGAAGAGGCGUUACAUUUGCACUCACGUCUCACUCAAACAUUGCCGAAGCGUUACCUAUCAUGCCGGUUUGUGUCUCCGGAAACCUACACCGUUCGUGCGUGCCGACCCGUCAACUGAAGAUUUUUCAGAACAAGCUAACGAUCUAAAGCUAAAUCUAUUAUUUUGAAAGUAUGUGUUUUUUACUAGUCCGUAAGUGAGAAAAAUAAGGUUUGGAAAACGUCACGAUUUCACGUAUAUAUAUAGAGAUAUGAACAUUCUGUCGAUUGAUUACAAGGUUUUUCUACGUUCAGAAGAAUGUUUGUACAUCAAAACGGUUCACUAGCAUUACUUUUCAUCUAGUCAGUAGAGGAAUUCAUGUGUUUUUUUUUGUUUCGCGAAGGAGAUCCAACGAUUUCGUUUUUUCAAGCUGUGGUGUUUUAAUUAAUAAGCUAAACUAGAAUUAAGAGGCAUCCGUUGCUAACAAAUGUUUUUCUUUUUCUUUUUUUGUUUUUGGAAAUCACAACCACAAAAGAUAAAUGAAAGCAUUCCUCGAUUUUAAGCAAACUAGGAAAUAAGUUCUUUUUUUAUGUGUUAUGGAAGUUUGGAUACACACCUUUUAACCAAGAACUAGUUGUAACUCAUCGCCACAGAAAAAAAAAACUGUAGAAUUGUAGAAGUGUUACUUUUGUUUUCUUCUCCGGAAUGGAUGUUUUUAUUUUUUUCUGUUGCUCUAAACCUAGAAGUGUUUGGCGCAAAGUUAUAAUCGAUCACAAAAGCCUGAAGAAAAGAACCAUCAAACAAAACAAAACAAAACAAAAAAAACGCAGCGUAGUGCCUUGAACGCCAUCAGAGUUUGAUAGCGACUAACUGAUUCGUCGAUAUUAUCGCGUCGAAAUUCAAACUUGCAUGGAAUACGCGUGAGAAUGUACAAGUAUGAAUAGCUUUUACAAUGGUGUAAUUUCGAUAUUGACGUAUAUACAGCGACUUUUUACCGGUGAAAAGGAAAUAUUUUUUUCGCUUUUGACAGAAAACAGAAGAAAAAUCAGCGAUGGCAUUUAUCAGAGAAAUAAUUCACAGAGCCAUCAGUACACUUAUACGAAAAAGAAUGGUUGAUAUUUUGACUGUACAUUCACGACCAAAACAAAACCAGAUGAACUGGUUUCAAACCCGUAGUGAAAAGAUAACAUUAGCCAAUUUAUACUUACAUGGAUGCUACAAGUGGUCUCACGAUGUGAGCCGUGAAGAACCGUAUCUAUUUUUAUCGUCUAUGGUAAAACUAUUGUUUGAGAAAAAUGAAGUACCAAAUAAAGGUUUUCUUUUAUGAA